AUGCACAACGGCACCACCAACACCGGCGACGCCGUGGCCCCCGCCCCAGACAAUGCCACGCUGCACCUCCCACGAAUCCUCUGCCUGCACGGCGGCGGCACCAACCCACAGAUCUUCUACAUGCAGUGCCGGGCCAUCUCGCACCACCUCAAGUCGCAGUUCCGCAUGGUCUACCCGUGCGCGCCCUUCGCCUCCACACCGGGACCCGACGUGCUCAGCGUCUUUGCCGAGUACGGACCGUUCAAGCGCUGGCUGAUGACGCCCGGCCCCAACGCUGUGGAGGAGUAUCCCAAGGAGACCUGGGCGGCCAUCGAGAGGCAGAUCGGGGACGCCAUGGACGCCGACGACAGGCUGGGCGCGACGGGCGAGUGGGUCGCCGUGCUGGGCUUCAGCCAGGGCGGGCGGGUCGCGGCCAGCAUCCUGCUGCGGCAGCAGGAAAAGCCAGAGAGCCUGGGCCGCCUGCGCAGGUCCGAGAAGGGGUUCCGGUUCGGGGUCUUGAUGGCUGGACGGGGCCCGCUGCUGCAGUACGAUCCAGACAGGGCCUCGUGGCUGGACAAGGACGAGAGGUUUGACUACGAGAGUAAUGACAGCGCCGGGAGGAUCCUUCGUAUACCGACGAUUCAUGUGCACGGCAUGCAGGACCCGGGCUUGGGCUAUCACCAGAUCCUGCUGGAGGAGUGGUGCGAUCCGAAGGCCACGACGCUGAUCGAGUGGGAGGGGGAUCACCGCUUGCCCAUCAAGACGACCGAUGUGAGGCCUGUGGUGGACAGGAUCAGGGCUGCAGCCUCUCGUACGGGGGUUCAGUUCAAAGCGGUAGAAGGCCAGUGAUGGCUUGUUGUGACUGGGCCAAUAUUAGAGACGCUUUCCAAGAAGAGAGAGAGAGAGAGAGAGAGAGAGAGAGAGAGAGAGAGAGAAUAUAAAAGGAUGGCAAAGACACAGGUUCAACACUUUUGAGGAAGCAUUUACAGACCAUACAGAGAAUAGUAUUUAGAAGCAGCACAGUAACAGUAUAGAAAUCUCUCAGAUCAGUGUUAAGUUGUGUGGACUUGCACAACGGAAGUUGUGGUCAGGUUUAUACAGCGGC